AUGGCAGAAUUCCACUCCGCUGCAGAGCUACGACCAUCGAAACUCGCCUUUGGAAAACGCGUAUCCGAGAAGUCCAAGUCCCAAGUCGAGAAACGCAAGCGGUCGAUGAGCACCCCUUCUGCUAUUACGCCUGACCUCGAUCAACUUCAAGGUGUAACCCCAGGUCCAUGCGCGCGAGAUUCCUUUCCCCCUCACCACGUGCGCACGUGUCGGAUUACGUCACAUCCUGUCAGAAGGGUACUCCUGAAGGCUCGUCGACAAACAUGCCAAGGAGAUCCUGUGCAGCCUAGACCAGGUUUCAGUAUAUUAUCUCUCGCAUUUCCUGAGCCACAUAUUGAUUACCCUACCACUACGCACGCCUCUCCGCACGAUUCAGGAGUCGCGGAACAACAACACGACGUGCCCAGGCUACACAGGAAGGAACCACCCCAGCUCACCGUAAGAGACGCAAUUGCAGAGCAGCUCGUGAAGUUGCGGCUACCAGCUACCACGCAUACACCACUAGCACCUACAGGAGCAACGGUGCCUCGGAGCACGAUAAACUUCUCGUUUCCCUUCCAACAUUCCGACUCGGCCAAAGCUGCAAGAUCAGCGUGGAAUAGAAUGGCUUCCUCGAAUCCCCUCUUGCCCAGUUUUCGAGGACAACUGAACCGACCAGAUACGAGUGCAAUGGAUCUAGACUUUUGGCGACGACAUGGAGAGAACAGCACAGAUCCCAUAGUCAUCAAUGACCAUGGUGACGAUGAAUGUGAUCUUAGGAGCAUAAGUUCCUUGGAGUCCUUGGAGUCCGCCGGACUAUCACGUCAAUUGAUCAACAGACGACGAACUCGACCUAUUCUUAUGGACCAGAGUCCCAGCGGGCCAUGCAUCAGUAUUACAACAGCGGAUAGCUUCGAGAACUCUGAAUCUCAAGUUUCGGCUCUUAUCUCAGAUUGCAUAGAUGAUGCUCGACACGACCGCAAAGCCUGGGAAGAGAAAGACCACCGGCUUGCUCAGCUUCUACAAGAGAAGAUGCGUCUAACUCCAGCCCAGCUCGCAGAGAAAUCUGGAUCACCAGCAGCUCUAGCUGAGUCUCCUGAGAUCGUACGAUUGGAGACUCUACGGCAGGCUAUUACUCAUGUCUGCACACGAAAUUACACCAAUAUGGACUUCAACACAGAAGAGGGGACGCAUUUACGGCGUCGUGACUGUGUUGUCUGCGACGAUAGCAUUGCCAUUGGCGAUCUACCCUCACUUACUGACUGCGAACAUCGACCCGAGACAUGCGCAGGCUGUUAUGCGGAUUGGAUAACUACACAGCUUCAAGGCAGUACUUGGCGUGAAGCUAAAUGUCCGGGAAGCGAUUGCAAUGUUGUCUUGUCGUAUCAUGACAUUCGGCUAUACGCGAGCUCUGAGACUUUUGAAAAGUACGACACAUUCAAAGCCCAGGCUCUCAUCAACGAAGACCCCGAUUUUCGAUGGUGUCCAGCCUCCGGCUGUAAUUCUGGUCAGAUCCAUACUACUGGCGUCGCAGGUAACAUCUUUACUUGUUCGGGAUGUGGGAGCAAAACCUGUGUUGUCCACGAGAACACAUGGCACGAAGGCGAGUCGUGCGCUGACUUUGACUCCCGAAUCUCCGGCCGUCAGCAACGAGAACAGAAGGCGCAAGAAGAGGCGAGUCUCAAAAAGAUCAAGGAGCUUACCAGGAAGUGCCCUGGCCCUGGAUGCGAUUGGAACAUUCAGAAAAACGAUGGGUACAAAAUGUGGCUACGAAUUCUGUUGGAUUUGCCUUUGUGA